GUUGGCCAUCUCAUUUUCGACACGCAUGGCUGCGGUAAACAUAAAAAUGCAGCAUGAUAGCGUCUAGCUAGCUGUCAAACUAUUCGUCUAGUGAAAUAAGAGUGAAACAAACGUGGUUGAAGAUCGUUUAGUACUCAUAUUGCCUGCCAUGAAACCAGUAGACGACAAUGGUAUAUGGGUAUGGCCUAAGGGGGUACAAGGUCCGGACGAAUAGAAGAACUGAUGGUGAAGCUGUCGUGAUCCCCAACAACAUCCUACUGUGGCCACACAGCAGCAGAAUAUUCUACCCAGGACAGACCACCCGCUGCUAAAUCUGUAAUGCCAUGGACCACCAGGUGAAGGAUUGCAGGACAAGGGAACAGAGAGGUCAAGAGGAGAAACAUCACAAACCCGAGAGCAACAGCCACAAUGAGGAGGAGAACGAUGACAGCUUCGAGUCUGCCAGGGAAGAGCCAUCAUGAGACACUUCCCUCCCUGAUGACACAGGUCCUGCAGCAGACUGGUCCACUCAAAUGGAGGCUCAUGAUGACGAUCCACCAAACCUUGCCAGUAUUCCGGCUGCCUCCCAUCUCCCUAGUGGCUACCCUCCUCUGCCCCCAGACACUUCCAGCUCCAACGAAGGUACCCAUCCAUCAAACAGUGACAAGCCUGUGUCUUCUCUCCAGCUGUGACGGCGAUGGAGGAGGAGGUGUCUCUGAGAGUGCUCCCAAUGGACCCAGAGGACCGGGGAACCCAGAGGGUCAGACUGGGCCCAGGGCUGAUGUCCUCCCUGGGGUUGGGGCUGGGCUCUCCUGUUCUGGUGGCUCUGUCUGGAGGGUCCUGUCUCUGUACUGCCUGGCCCAGGCCUGACCUGGCUGACGGAUUCAUACAGAUAGACAUGAAAUGUUGUUCUUCAAAUCUUAUCUUAAACAAAGCUACACCCACACACCUCAGCUCUAGCCCACUUCCCCCCAGCCCAUGCCUAAGUCGUAGCCUCACCCCAGUCUCCUGCCCCAAGCUGAAAGGCAUCAGAAUAACAGUGGUGGUUCAGAGUGUGGAGUUCCGGAAAACCACUCCUCCCAGUUUCAUCCAUGAACUAGUGAAGGACAUGCUGAAAGGGACAUAUGUCCACCAGAAGCACGUGAUAGAUGUGGGUGACCAUGACACGGACAUUAAACUGAUCGUCAUCGAGAGCCUGAACCCAGAGUCCACCGUGACUGGUUUGGUUACAUCUAAGACAGGGGUGGAAAUAAUGGGGACGAGGACCCUCCGAUACUACAGAGGACAGCUCCAGGAGCAGCCCCAGGUCCUACUGGGAGGACUGGAGGAGGUGUCAGCGUGUCUGAGAGAGAUGUUGCGCCUGCCUCUGCAGUACCCUGCUACCUUGGGCUCCCUGGGUCUGUCCUGCCCCAGAGGAGUGCUCCUUGCUGGGCCGCCGGGGGUCGGAAAGACCCUGCUGGUCCGCUGCCUGGUGGGGGAGGUGGGGGCCAGCCUGAUCACAGUCCGAGGACCAGAGGUAGUAGGGUCUCGGCCAGGGGAGAGUGAGGAGAGGUUGCGGGCGGUGUUUGGUCGGGCGCGGGCAGCGGCAGAGGAAGGGCCUUGUGUGUUGUUCCUGGAUGAGCUGGACUCUCUCUGUCCCAGACGGACUGGAUCCUCCGCACCCGAGAACCGGCUGGUCGCUCAACUGCUCACGCUCAUGGACGGCAUGGACCAAUCAGAUCGCUUCCUCAUCGUAGGAGCCACUAAUCAGCCGGACAGCUUGGACCCGGCGCUACGGAGGCCCGGGAGGUUCGACAGAGAGGUGGUUAUCGGUGCCCCCACAGCACAGCAGCGGUUAUCCAUCCUGUCAGUGCUGUGCCGGGCCAUGCCAGUGUGUGUCAGUGUGGACUGGGCAGAGCUGGCCCAGAGGACUACAGGGUAUGUGGGUGCUGACCUCAGUGCUCUCUGCCGUGAGGCUGCCAUGCUGGCUAUACGACACAACACACAGGGUUCAGGGGAGCAGACUAUCACCAUGGAACACUUCCUGUCUGCCCUGAAGACUGUCCGUCCAUCCUGUCUGAGGGGCAGUCUGGGACGGACAGACCUCCCAGCCGUCUCCUGGGAUCAGAUAGGAGGCCUGGAGGAAGUCAAAGUCAAACUACAACAGAGUAUAGAGUGGCCGAUGCGUUACCCGGAGGCGUUUGUGCGUCUGGGUCUGUCCCGUCCCAGGGGGGUGUUGCUGUACGGUCCCCCAGGCUGUGCUAAGACCACCCUGGUCAGGGCUGCAGCCACCUCCUCCCACUGCUGCUUCCUGUCAGUCAGCGGGGCUGACCUCUACUCUCCAUAUGUAGGAGAUUCAGAGAAGGCCCUGGCGCAGCUCUUUCGUCAGGCACGGGCCUGCGCUCCCUCCAUCCUGUUCCUAGAUGAGGUGGACUCUCUGAUUGGCUCCCGGUCAGAAGGCCAUGUCCCUCAGAGUGCUCAGACGCGCCUCCUGUCUGUGCUGCUGAAUGAGCUGGACGGGGUAGGCUUUAGGACCCUGGAGAGGAGAGGAGCAGGGAAGAUCCUACAGGCUGAGGGAGUGGAGGAGCGCCACCAACAGGAACAUUUGGAGUACCAGGAGGUGUGUAACAAGGAAGUGAUGAUCGUAGCGGCCACUAACAGACCAGACUCUCUGGACAGUGCCCUCCUAAGGCCUGGAAGACUGGACCAGAUCAUCUACGUACCCCCACCUGACCUACAGGCGCGUGUGUCCAUCCUGCAGGUGUGUACAGAGAAGAUGCCUCUGGAUGAUGAUGUGUGUCUGGAGGAGCUGGCUAGACACACUGACCUCUACUCUGGAGCAGACCUGGAGAACCUGUGCAGAGAGGCGGCUCUGUUGACCCUCCAGGAUGAAAGUAUGGAAGCUUCUAGUAUCAAACACCGAUACUUCCUCCAGUCUUUACAGAGGAUGACUCCCUCUCUCUCGACCCAGCAACUACAGACAUACAAAAACCUCUUCAGAUGACGCGUCGGACUUGGAAAAUAAAAAUUACAUUUAGUUUCCUUUUG